AUGCAGCCAGUCAUCCAGGACGGCAGGAAUAGCCAAAUCACAUUUCCAGUAGCUGCUAUCAUCCUUCUACGUCAGGGCCGGCCGGGUAGAGCAAAUCCAAUCCCUCGGCUUUCCUACUGCGCCCCACUUUGGUAUCCCCUCGGUGGGAAAGAAAACACACCGCCAGAAGCUUUGAACCAUACUCUUGGAUCAUAUUACCCCUUCAUAACUUUCUCCAGAGCCGGUCUAGCUGGAGAAGACACCGUCACGGAUAUCAGAGUAUCCAGGUACCCAAACUACAAAUGGCUAGUAUAG